CAUAAUGAAGGUGCCUCUGAUAAGAUGCUGGGUUAUGACCACCAUAUAACUGGCCAGCUUAUAGAAUUUCUUAAGCCGUUUAAAGAAGCCACAGUUGAUCUAGAGAGUGACAAAGGUCCAACCCUACAUUUAGUUCUACCGUGGUUUUACGCCUUAAAAACUCACUGUACCGUACGGGAUAACGAUGAAGAGGUUUGUAAUUUUAUUCCAUCUGAAUAUUAUAGAACCACUUGUGAAAUAUGUAUGUUGAGAAAAUGUAUUUUCAGGACAUGAAACCUUUGAAACAAGCCGCUGAUGCCUUCCUAGAACAGAAAAUGUGCGUUAGUAUGUUGCAUAAAAUUGCAACGUUUAUGGUGGCUAACUACCGCACAUUAAGAAAGUUAACCGAGGAUGAAAAAAUUGAAGUUUACCAAGCAGCACGACAGAUGUGUGCUGAAGUUUCAGUACAAGUGCCCAAUCACAGCAACCAAGAAACAAAUCCAGGGCCGUACAAAAUGGCGAAAUUUGAGGACUGGGCAGAAGAGCCUCCUCUCCUACAUGAUGAAGUCAGCAGAUACUUGCAAGAACACUGUGUGAACGAGGGAGAUAUUCUGCAGUGGUGGAAAAAUAACUCCCAACGACUUCCUCGACUUGCGUGUGUGGCAAGAAAAAUAUUAAAUAUACCAGCCACUAGUGCGUCUAGUGAGAGAAUUUUUAGUUGCGCUGGAAACCUAAUUAGCGAAAAACGAUCACGUCUUAAUGCAGACAGACUUAACGAUCUCGUCAUAAUUAAUUCAAACACUAAUCAGCAGACACAUUGAAAAUACAGUAGAACAUUAAAUGGGAAACUAUGAGU